AUGAUUGUUAAAUACAAUAAAGGUCACAGGGAUCAAGUUUCUGUACAAAUCAGUCCACAACACUCCCUCCCGUCUGUCAACCACUCCCAGAGCCUGGUCUGCCAGGGUGCCACUACAGGUUUGCCAGUGGUGUGGAACAAAAAUGGACAGGAAGUGCGCCCACGUGUGGGGAUAAGCCUACAGGAAUAUAACACCACACUUCAUUUUGACUCGUUGGUGCCCUCUGAUGCUGGCUUCUACCAGUGCACGGCGACAGUGCCUACACUUGAAAAGACUACUGUUUACAGCAGGGGAUAUCUGCUGAGCUUUGAUCCAUGGAACGUCAGCAUCAGUGGACCAGACAGUAUUUUCGAACGAAGAGAGACCACAUUCACCUGCCUGACAAGCUGUACCGUAAAUGUUGACUGUACCGUCAGCUGGCAGUUCAGGUCGGGUUUCCCCACUGGCCUCUACCUGUCUAUAAACAGAAACGUGCUCAAAUGGACCCCGUCAAUUCCAGGCACAUUCCAAAACAUCACCUGUGUGGCAGAAAAUAAAGCAGCUGGACGCACCGCUGAGGCCACCAAGAUGGUAAAAGUUGUAGGAUAUGUACUCUCUGGAUCAGAAACGAUGCAGCGCAGUGGACUAUUUUCAGUGAUCCUGGGCCUGGGACUGUUUCUCUUAAAUUCUUAGUUCUGUUUUGUGUUAUGUUAUUAGAUAUUAUCUUUAUUUUAUAGCCUUAUGUCAAAACAUACACUUUUUUAGACUCAUGACAUGAUAUACAAGAACACAUAUAUAAUUAAUAAAGUGCACCUUUUUGACACAAUGGACUUGCCGUAGUCCCAGUUGAUCAUAAAACCCCACUGAUUAAUAAUUUCUCAGGUACCUGUGGGUUCAAA